UAGUAGUUUUAUUAAUUAUACUAAUAAUUAUAUAAUUUAUUAAAGCUGUUAGCAAAGUGAGGAGAGGAAUGUCUCUUGAAAUUGAUGACUGCAAAUGCUGUCUUGAAGCAAUGACAAGACCAGACUAUCAGCCAUUAGUGGAUAAUAAAAGAAUAAUAGAGAAAUUACAAGAAAGAAUAACAUUAAUGAAUAUGGAACUAAUUACUGCAAGGAAGCACAAUGAGAAGAUCAUGAAAGAGAUUGAAGAUUUUGAAGAUGACGAUUCUGAAGUUGAAGAGAUUGAGUAUGAUAGUCUAAGUGAUGAAGAGGAUCAAAUGUGUACAUUCUUAUUAUAUUGUAAUCAUCCUGUUACUAGUGAAUUAACUAGUAAAUUAUUUCAAGUUCAUAAAGAUGAAUUACUACCCACAGUACUGGAUAAAGCUUAUGAGUUAAUGGAAUUAGCUCCUCAUAUUCCUAUUGAGAGAUGCCAUUUAGUUAAAUAUAAUUUUAUUAAUGAUGUAAUGGAACAGUCCUUUGAUCUUGAUAAGUUUCAGGAUCAAACUAUAGGAAAGCUUAUGGGUGUGGCUGGAUAUUGUGGAUUAUUCUUAGAAACUUGUAGAGAUAUUGAAACCUUUAAGAAAUACAAUACUGGAGGUAUUAAUCUAGAGGUAUCAGUGGUUGAUCUGUCAACUGGUGAAGUAGGACUAGCUAAACCAAUAAGAGGUGAAGAAGGUUGGACUGUUGGAGAAUUAAAGCAAUAUGUAGGAGAAUUAUUUAAUCUCAAUUCAUCAUGUAUGAGGUUACUAGUACUUGAUGGAACUGUCUCAGCCUGUGAUUUUAUAAAUUUAGAAGAUGUUAAAAGUUCCUUAAAGGAAGUGCUUUUUAAAGGAGAUGCAUUUAGUUCACACAAACUGCACAGAGAGCAACUUGUAGUACCAACAAGCCGGUAUUUUGAUAUAUAAUACAACUAGAGCGCAGUUGUGGAAAAGGGGGAAAGAAAUCGAAGGACUUGGGCACUUAGAGAGCACUCGACGCCAUUACUACCGCCCACGUGCGGUAACCGCGUAGGCGUAUAAAACAAAAUGGUGACCAACUGUACACCACAUGAACCACCAAGAACAGGAUAUAUUAGCAGAAAAGAAGGCAGGGAAUGAGAUAUAACUAAAAGGACAUGAAAAGAUGAGUAUAUCUAACCUACUGGACUAUUUUUGGCUGCAUAUACAAAUGGAAAUAAAGAGAAGAACGAUAUAAACUAUCAGCCUAGGAUUUGUAUUUGCACCAUGAAAAGAACAAUAAUUUUAUGCUGUGGAACUUAUUAUUACACAUAAACAUGAGGAAAAAU